UUGAGGUGACGUCAGGAGGAGCGCUGCUGGUGAGGCUGCCAAGUGCGGAGUCAGUGUGAGAGCGCUCCGGGCGGGAGAGUGAGACGGUGUACGCUUGGACGCUUGGACGCUUGGACGCUGGACGCUGGACACGGCUGACGGACGCCGCUGACUGCCACACUUCAGGAAUGGGAAACCAUAUCGUUUCUGACCAUAACAACAAGAAGAUGCCACUGGGUGAAGAUUGCCAUGCCUGGAAGAAGAAGACCACAGAUGUGAAAGAGAAGUAUGACUUCAAAGAGAUCUUGGGAACGGGAGCGUUUUCUGAGGUGGUCCUGGCCGAAGAGAAGAGGACCCAGAAGUUGGUGGCUAUCAAGUGUAUCCCCAAGAAGGCAUUAGAGGGCAAAGAAAACAGCAUUGAAAAUGAGAUAGCAGUCCUCCACAAGAUUAAACAUGCCAACAUUGUAUCUCUGGAAGAGAUAUUUGAGAGUAAAUCACACCUCUACCUUAUCAUGCAACUGGUAUCUGGCGGGGAACUCUUCGAUCGCAUCAUAGAGAAGGGCUUCUACACAGAGAAAGAUGCCAGUAAGCUCAUUCACCAGAUUCUGGAUGCUGUCAAAUAUCUCCACGACAUGGGCAUCGUGCACCGGGACCUCAAGCCAGAGAAUCUGCUGUACUACAGCAUGGAUGAAGACUCCAAAAUCAUGAUCAGUGACUUUGGCUUGUCUAAAAUCGAGGGCUCCGGCAGUGUGAUGUCGACAGCCUGUGGGACACCUGGAUAUGUCGCUCCUGAAGUGUUGGCUCAGAAACCCUACAGUAAAGCAGUGGACUGCUGGUCUAUUGGUGUCAUAGCCUAUAUUCUGUUGUGUGGUUACCCUCCCUUCUACGAUGAGAAUGAUGCCAAACUGUUUGAACAGAUCCUGAAGGCAGAAUACGAGUUUGAUUCCCCUUACUGGGAUGAUAUCUCUGAUUCAGCUAAAGACUUUAUAGUCCACCUGAUGGAGAAAGACCCAAACAUCCGUUACACCUGUGAGCAAGCUCUGCUACACCCAUGGAUCGCUGGGGACACUGCCCUGGAUAAGAACAUCCAUGAGUCUGUCAGUGCUCAGAUCAAAAAGAAUUUUGCUAAAAGCAAAUGGAAGCAAGCAUUCAACGCCACAGCAGUGGUUCGUCACAUGAGGCGUCUCCAGCUGGGCACCAGUCAAGAGGGACCCAACCCCACCCUGCCCAGCCCUUGCCGAACUCAUCUGCUGAUGCCAGAGGAAGAUGCAGAGGCUUGUUCUGAGGGCGGGUGCUCCAAGAACGUCGACGGUGGGGCAGACACCCUGUCCAACUGCACCUACCGCUGCCACCCGAUCAGCAGGGUGUGAUCCCUGCAACCGCUCCACUUACCUGUCUAAUCAAUCCCAGUGACUUUCCGAUUUUAACCCCCUCGGUGUCAUCAGAGGCACCAUCUCCCCCAUUAUCUGGUUAGGAAUACAGCGUCAUUCCAACCUCUCGCCUGCAGGGGGAGCAAGCCUGUCCAGCCUGAGAAGGAAGACAUAAAAUGGGAUGAAAAGGAGGAGGAAGGAGAAUGGAUGAUAAUGAUGAUGAUUAAGCACCAGAGUGGAUUGUUUUUAAAGACUGGGCUGGUAGUUUGGGAUGAGUUUUAAUGGGGGAGACGAUACAGAGGAGGGGAAGAUAACCUCCUCCACCAGCUUGUCAGGUGGAUUGUUUUUUGCCACAGCAGGACAGAGCUUGUUGGACACUGUUUUUAAACAUUAUUUUUUGAUUCAGCCUGUCUCUUUGUUUGUUUUAUUGUUUACGGUUUUAUAUAUUUUGUGUUGUUUUUUUAACCUCCUCCUGUUAGACUUUGGAGUGUAAAUCCAGAAACAAUAUCUGCAUGAUGAGGAGAGAAUUUCCCCCGCGCAUGUUUUGUUAUCUUUAAAAUAUACCCUGUUGCAGAAAUGCAGUAUCGCAGUACCAUGCAAGUGUUGUGUGCAAAGUUGUUUUUUGUUUUGUUUUGUUUUGUUUUUUUCAAGGCAGAAAGGCAUAGAGCAUUUUGAUAUGUUGCAUUAUUUGAAAUGAAACUGAGUUAAAUCUUGUAAUUUUACAGAUCUGUAUUCUAUGUCUUUAAGUUGUGCUUUUAGACAAUCAGUGACAUAAUAGUUUAUGCAAUGAAAACUCCACCUGUCUACUAUGUAGCCUCUCUUGUGGCAAUAUAGUUUUUCCAUGCAGUUGUUAGGCUUUCUGAAAGUAAAAGGCUUCCCUUUCUCUUUUUUCAUCCCCAAUUCUGUUCAACCACUCAAGCACAGGGAUAUAUCUUUGUCUAAGGUGCCUUUAGGAUAUAUAGUAGGAUGGUUUUAUUUUUCGGGUAGCUUGUGAAAUGUCUUGUCCUUUUUUUCUGCAGAGUGCUUGCAGCACAAACUCUUUCUGUCACUUCAUAUUUUGUAUGUAUCCGAUUUUCAGCUUAAAAAUGCAGUUUUCUGCUUUUUGUCACAAAGUACUGUAAUCUCAGAAGGGAGGCCCGCACUCAUACAGUACCAGUUGCCAUUAUGGUCAUGCACAAUUUGUUUUUCACGCAAUCUACUCUAAAUGAAAACAGCUAAUUACAAACAGUUACAUAAUGAAAAGGGUAAAGCAACAAUAUUAUUUGAAAACUUUUCAGGGGAGCUUCAGGGGAUUUGUCUGCUUCACCAACAAAUCCAUCAAAUUUUUUUUUUUCAGGAAUAUUUUUCUAGUAUUUUGCCUUCUCCCUCAAUGGCACAUUAAAGAACUGUGCUCAUUUAUCUUAAUACAUUUUUUGCAAAAACAAAAAAACUUGCAAACCUGUAAAGCAUUGAUCAGUGUGCUCAGCUAGCCCAGUGUGCUAGGCUGAUUUAGUAAGACUAGGAAGGUUGUGUGAAUGCAAAAAAAAAAAAAAAAAAGCAACCAAAAUUUGAUAUGCAUCUCUCACCAUGUACUGUACCUGUACCACCAUUACAGUCCUUUUCUUUUUACAUUCUUUUACAGGCACAUUUGCUACACAUGCAGCCUUUUUAGAAAAAACCUGGAUCAAAGAAUAUGAAUAUGCAUCAGGUUGACUCACAUCUUUACUGUGCAUCCACCAGUGCUUUUUACACUGAUGAAAACAGAGUACGUACUCUGUAUUCAUUCAACGUUACUUCAGUGAUUCUACUUAAAGGUGUGCGUAGACAAACACACACGGCGUGUUGGUUCUUUUAUUAGCUUUUAUAAAGAAUCCUUUGCCGUAGGUUUUUUAGUGGAGAAAGGCAUCUAGUAACAGAUGUAGAGGAGCUUUAAACAAAUUUGUUUUGAGUCCUCUGUACUUUAUUCUGGGGCCUGUUACAGUGACUGUCCUGGGGGGCUCACAGGACUAGAGAUGCUGGCAUCUUCCAUGAGCUUCAUCCAUCCUCUGAUCACUCCAUCCCAACCUUGAAAGGAUAAGUUUCUUUUUAAACUGCCCAUUCUCUCUUUGCUACAACAGGAUAGACAUUUGACACUGAUGUGAUUUGGUACUGAUUAUGUAUGUUUGCAUGAUGUGGCUUGAAAUUUGUGAAUCCCAUAAUUAACAAUGGAUAGCGUGUACGCUACGUGUGAUAAUGUUACAGUUGCUGUGAGAUGAGCGCGGGAGAAGCAAGACAUUUUUGUCAGAUGUUUUACUCCUGAACCACUUGUAAAAUUCUCUUCAAAACAUCACGCAGAUGAGUAAAGAGCAACAACAGUUGUAAUAACUUUUCAACAUGUCAAAGCAAGUUCAAUGUGCUGCUUCAGAAGGUAUUUUUGAGCUUUAUUCUGCAUCUCUUUUGGGUAGGCGUUGUAGUGUAUUUGGACAGUAGUGUAACUGGUGACUCCAAAUUGUAAAGCGUAGUAAAAGAGUGAUUAUUUUUUCAGGAAAUUUUCAGUGUGGAUUGUUUGUACUUCAUGAAUUACUGUGACUUUGAGACACCCAGACAUGCACAGGAAAGCCAACACAUGGAGGCGGUCGUCGUCCACAGUCUUAUUAAUGGCGGCAAACUGGUAAUAUCCUAAUUAAUCUCCUGAUAAUGAAAAAAACUCUGCUAAUGUGAUACAUUGCCACAAGUGCUGAUGGCUUGGCUGUGUCUCCUGCACUCUUAUUUAGCUCCUGUACUUUGUCCUUUGAUGAUGUUGAAAUUUAUUGUAUUAAUAUACAAAGUUCUUACAUUCUCCAGAUUCUCCUGUAGGUUUAAUGCACUCUAUCUUAAAAGUACUCAAAUUAAAAAUGUUUCCCACAAACCUUAAAAGAAAUAUUUAUUUCAAGGCAAAAGGUAGUGGAAUAUAGAAAGAGAAUAGUUUGUUACAGUGAACAAACAAAACCCAAAUGUUUGCACUUGCUUUGUUCGUUGCUGAGACAAAGAACCUGGAAACAGAAAAAACUAAAGAUUUUUACAUUCCAGUGCAAUGAAACAAGUGAUUAUGAAAUACAUAACCAUAUCCCAUUACCUCACCACUCAACUACGUUGGUAGGAAAAUAGCAGGGGUGACAUUAGAAUUACAACUGAGGAGAAGGAGUCAGACUGACCUUGCCCACAAAGGUGCUCAACUACAGGGUGUUUUGAUAAACUACCACAGCUUUUGAAUUAAAAGUGAUCGUUUUUACAGCACUUACAUUUCACUCAUGAAUUUUGCAGUGCAUCAACCUAAAGGACAGAUUUGGUUUGUGUGAAGGCUUUUCCUUGGAUUGCUCAUCAACCACUUGUCGAGACUGACCAGUGUCUGGUAAGAUUUGUUGUACAAAUGAGUAUUUGUACCAUAAAUAUGUUGCCUUUUAAUAAAUGCUGUUUUGGGGCUACAGUACCUAUUGUACACAUGGAUGCAUUGCAUCAUGGGUUGUUGAAAAGUGACUACUGCUCAGUGUAAAAAUCCAGUGACCUGUGCUUGGAACAGAUUUGUAAAUGAAACAUAAAUUAAAAUCCCUGUCUAUGCAUUA